AUGGCUACAAGAUUACAAUAUGAAAACAGUUGCGAUGUUGGUGUUUUUUUAAAAUUAACAAAUAAAUAUUGUCUUGUUGGACAAUGUGGAAGUAAACAAUUUUUACAUACAGUAGAGAAUAGAUUAGCAGAUCAUAUUCCAGUUGUAGAGACAAGUAUUGCAGGUACACGUAUUGUUGGUCGUUUAUCAGCAGGAAAUAAGAAUGGUUUAUUAUUACCAAAUACAUGUACCGAUCAAGAAUUACAACAAAUUAGAAACUCAUUACCAGAUGAUGUCGUAGUACAAAGAAUUGAAGAGAAAUUCUCAGCAUUGGGUAACUGUAUCGCCACAAAUGAUUAUGUUGCAUUGGUACACCCAGAUAUCGAUAGAGAGACCGAAGAGAUCAUUGCAGAUGUUUUAGGUGUUGAAGUUUUCAGACAAACCGUCUCUGGUAAUGUUUUAGUUGGUACCUAUUGUGCUCUCACAAAUCAAGGUGCUCUCGUUCAUCCAAUGACCUCAAUCGCCGAUCAAGAUGAGUUAUCAUCACUCCUUCAAGUUCCUUUAGUCGCUGGUACCGUCAAUCGUGGUAAUGAAUGUGUUGCCGCUGGUUGUGUAGUUAAUGAUUGGACUGCCAUCGUUGGUGCUGAUACCACUGCCACUGAAAUCUCUGUCAUUGAAUCUAUCUUUGCUCUUCAAGGCUCUAAACCAUCAAACAUUAUUAAUAAUAUUAGAAAUUCAAUUGUUGAUAAUGUAUAA